UCUGUAACUGCAGCGCGAGGAACUUCAGCAACUUUGUGUUUUGCACGUUAACGCCGUUAAUAACGAGCCGCGAACGGAUCUCCGCGCGCGCGGUCUCUUCAGAAACAUUGUUACAGAGAGAGACUCAAAUGAAGUUGUUACAGAGUUUCGGGGACUGAUGUCUGCGCUCAUGAUUGAUGUGCGUGUUCGAGACGUGAGGACGUGCUCGCAGGGAUCCGCAGACGGAGAUGCCCGGGGGCCGCAGGGGUCCCAGUAGACAGCAGCUGAGCCGCUCCGCACUGCCCUCGCUGCAGACGCUGGUGGGCGGCGGCCUCAGCAAUGGGGCGGGGCUCCGGUGCAGGAACAGCGGGGUGGUGGGUCUGUCUCCGCCGCUCACGGCCCUCAUCACUCCCGAACCCGUCCGUCAUUCCCGUAUUCCCGAUCUUCCUCUGGACAGUAACCUGCUGUUCGAGGCGCUGCUCUUCCUCUACCUGCUGGUGGCGCUCUUCGUUCAGUACAUCAACAUUUACAGGACGGUGUGGUGGUCUUCAUACAGCCACCCCUCAGCCUCCACCUCACUGAACUUCCACCUGAUGGACUAUCACCUGGCGGUCUUCAUCACUGUGAUGCUGGCCAGAAGACUGGUGUGGACCAUCAUCUCAGAGGCCUCUCUGGCGACGCCGUCGUCUCUGGUGCGGUACGUGGCUCUGAUCGCGGUGCGGUUGAUCUUGCUGACGCUGUGUGGGUGGGUUCUGUGCUGGACCCUCGUCAACCUCUUCAAGAAUUACUCCGUGCUCAACCUGCUCUUCCUGGGAUAUCCGUUUGGUGUUUACGUGCCGCUCUGCUGCUUCCAUCAGGAGGGUCGAGCUCAAUCCGCUCCCUCCGACUGCGGUUUCUCCGAGCAGGACGGCUCCGACGGGCCUCUGCCGCAAUCCAAAGACUUCCUGACGCUGCUGCGAGAAAACCUGCGCGAUCAGUUCUCCAGCCCUAAACACAUCCCCACACACAGCUGCCCGCCGUCGCCCGAGCUCAUCCGCAGCGAGGUCGAGGAGCUCAAGACCGACUUCAACCGCCGCAUCAAAGAAGUGCUCUUCAACUCGCUCUUCAGCGCUUAUUACGUGGCCUUCCUGCCGCUGUGCUUCGUCAAGAGCACACAGUACUACGACAUGCGCUGGUCGUGCGAGCAUCUGAUCAUGGUGUGGAUCAAUGCGUUUGUGAUGCUGAUGAGUCAGCUGCUGCCUCCCAGUUACUGCGACCUGCUGCAUCGCUCGGCUGCGCAUCUGGGCCGCUGGCAGCGUCUGGAGCCCGGAUCCUACAGCAACACGCCGCAGCACAUCUGGUCAGAAAGCACCAUCUGGCCGCAGGGGGUCCUGGUGCGUCACAGCCGCUGUCUCUAUAAAGCUGUCGGGCCGUAUAAUGUGGCCUUGCCCUCCGAUGUCUCUCAUGCCAGGUUUUAUUUCCUGUUCCACAAGCCGCUGCGGAUCCUGAACCUGCUGAUCGGGAUCGAGUCGAGCGUGGUGCUGUAUCAGCUGUACUCUCUGCUGCGCUCCGAGCGCUGGAACCACACGCUCUCUCUCGGCCUCAUCCUCUUCUGCAACUAUUACGUUCUGUUCAAGCUGCUGCGGGACCGCAUCGUGCUGGGGAAGGCGUACUCGCACCCGCUCGCCGGCAGCCUGGGCUUCAAGUCUCAGUGAGACGCGGACUUCUGCUGCUUUUGAUACGGUCUACUUUCAUGCAACCUUUGUAUCUAUUUAAGAAAAUAUUUUAUUUUGUAUACUGUUACACACGAUGUUGCGUUUACGACGUGCCGUCGUAUCCUUUUGUAGCCCGCGUCUCGUGUGACGUCCAAAUUGAACCAAAGAUUGAAAGAAAAAGAACCGGAGGAACUAAAGCCGACCAAUCACGACGGAGGACUGGACGGUCGGGUUCACUCAGUGCUGUUUGAUCAUUUCCACUGAUACUGUGUUUUACGAGUAUUAUCUGUUCAUAGUAUCUCACGUGUCCACUUUUUCAAUCACACUUUGUAGAAAAACAGCAUCAACAGGAUCUAUUUUAAAGCUUGAGCCAUCAGCAUCCUCCUUUCCUUUUCUGUGCCAAAUCCCAGGGGGCCGUGGGCGUGGCUAGUGCGCUCUGGGCGGAGCCUGUGGACUGUCAGGCUUGCAGUAUUUUACAGAACUGCUUGUUUCAAAGUAUCGAUGACAUCCAGAAUAAAAGACAGAAACAGCCCGUUCUUCUCAGAUCGGUUGGUGGAUGAUCAUCACGAAAACGGCCAGGAGGUGUCUGGGUCGUAUUUCACCCCAAGAGGAAAAUAAAACCAAGAAAAUUAAACCAGUUAGAUUUUAUUUAUAUUAUGACGGUAUAUUUGUUUUUCAUAUUGCAGUCAUGAGAAUUUGAGGAGUGCUUAAUUUCAAAGUGCCUUAAAAAUAAGCUCUGUUUUCUUACGAUGUUCAGGUGAAAUAUGAGCUGGCCAUGUUCUCGACAAGCGUUGUGCCUUUAUAAAAACAAUCAGUUGUGGAUCACACAUGAAUAUGUCUAAUCUGAGCUGUUCCUAUGGUUAAUUCUCAUUCAUGACUGGUGCUUUGAUUUUUUGCAAAAGCUUUUAAUGUUGUGCAUAACAGAGGGCAUUAAAAUUCUUCAAAUGAUUAGUGCCAUUGAAUGAAUAAACAUCAAAGUGCCGAUCAGGA